ACCUUUCCACCGAAACCGCUUUUUUUCUUUUGAAUUGCUUUCAUUUUAAUUAAAUCUAUUCUAUUCUCGUCGUUGUUGUUCUCUGCUUUCUUUCGUGUUUGUGAAUCGCCAUGGCUAUGGAAGCUUCUGCCAUUGGUUUUGAGGGAUUUGAAAAGAGGCUCGAGCUUUCGUUUUUUGACCCGGGAGUCUUUGUGGACCCUCAAGGAAAGGGUCUAAGAUCACUAACAAAAUCCCAAAUAGAUGAGAUUCUAGCACCUGCAGAAUGCACCAUUGUUUCCUCACUCUCAAACAACAAAGUUGACUCUUAUGUUCUCUCUGAGUCCAGCCUCUUUGUUUAUCCAUACAAAAUCAUCCUCAAAACCUGUGGCACCACCAAAUUGCUCCUUUCAAUCCCAUCCAUAUUGAAACUAUCCAAAAUGCUUUCCCUCAAAGUGAGAUCAGUGAGGUACACCCGCGGAACCUUCAAUUUUCCAUCUGCUCAGCUCUUUCCUCACCGCAACUUCUCCGAGGAAGUGGCGGUGCUUGAUGGCUACUUGGAGAAGCUUGGAUUAGGACGCAUGGCUUAUGUGAUGGGUGGUUCGGACAAUGCACAGAAAUGGCAUAUUUACUCUGCUGCUGCAGAAUCUGCUAAUGAAUUUGACUCUUUUCACACUAUGGAGAUGUGCAUGACUGGUUUGGACAAAGAGAAAGCUUCCAUUUUCAACAAACAACAAUUCGGCACAUCAACUAUGAUGACAGUGAAUUCAGGUAUUAGAAAGAUUCUUCCAGAUUCUCAAAUUUCUGACUUUGCAUUUGAGCCUUGUGGGUACUCUAUGAAUUCUGUGGAAGGAGGAGCUGUUUCUACAAUCCAUGUUACUCCAGAAGAUGGAUUCAGCUAUGCUAGCUUUGAGACUUGUGGGUAUAAUUUGGAGUUGGUGAAUCUGAACCAGAUGGUGGAGAGAGUGCUGGCUUGCUUCCAACCUGAAGAGUUUAUGGUGGCUGUGCAUGUGGAUGUUGAUUGCAAUUCAUUUGUGAAGGACUGUUUGGUGGAUGUUAAGGGGUAUGGCCUCAAAGAGAGGUGCUACCAGGAUCUUGGAAUGGGUGGCUCUGUUGUCUUCCAUAAGUUCAAGAAAACUACUGAUUGUGGUUCACCUGUUUCAUCACCUCUGGAAUGCUGGAAUAAAGAGAUGAAGAGUUGUGUGGCGAUUUAGCUUAUUUACGGCCUGUGCCUUAUAUGUAGAACUAAAGUUGGCCUUAAUUUCUUGCGUUUGUUUUUUGUGUUGUUGUUUGUUUUUGCUGUUUACAGCUUCAGUUAUUUUCA